AUGUACAAAUUAUAUACAAUUUGUCGACCAACACGUACUAUUCAACCAUUAUCUUAUUCAAUUGAUACAAAUCAAACAUCAUUUGUUGGUAUAAAUGUUGUUGAUUCAGCUGAUUGUGUUAAUUCAAUAUAUUUAAUUAAUUUUAGAAAUACACCAUGUAGAUGUAUUACAUAUCCAUUUAAUAAUUUAACAUAUUGUCCAUGUAUAUCAUUACAAACAUAUGCACCACUUGGACCAUAUUGUCAAGUACUUGGUAGAACAUUUAAUGAAAAUGGUGGUGGUUAUGCUUAUGUUGAUUCAAUAAUUCUUGUUUCAAUAAAUGAUUGUCAAUAUGUAACAACAGUUAAUGAUACAUUAAAUACAUAUGAUUUAUCAAGUGUUCAAUAA